AUGAAUAUUGUUGGUGCAAUAUUUCCUCUUGGAAACUAUUCAAGUGAAAGAAACGGAUCGUUUAUUAAUCAUUUACGAUCGUUACUUCCAUUUGCACGAACUUGUUUAAUUCGUGGUGAUGCUGAUCAAUGUUUUCGUCCUCUGCUCUUUCAAGCAGCUCUCUCCUAUGCUGCAAUUGGCAAACGCGUAUCCUUCUACACACCUGCGCCGUUUCAAACCAUACCCUCACUUGUUCAUACAUUAAUUCCAAAAUCACUUUCAACGGCAAAUCUGCAUUUGAUUCGAUUUCAUUAUUUGCCAACGAUAUUCGAUGUGCACAAACAUUUAAGCGAUUCGACGUGUGAUAUCAUCAUCAUUGAUGGUUAUCUAGAAUUUCCACUAUCGAAACAGGAUGAUUCAUUCAAGAUUAUUUCGGCGUGUGCUUUAUUGAAAGAUACAUAUGAAUAUUUAAGCGCAAGAUCUCAUCGCAAUGAUCUGAUUCUAUUAUGUUCAUGUACGUGUGCAGAGAUUUCGAUGGCAAAUGUUGAACAACGAGCAUUAUUUAAUUUGGCAAUCGACAUUGAAAUGCUGGAAGAUGGAGAUUAUCGUUUUCAAGUGCAUUUAUCAACAAAGAGCAACAGUUCGUGUGUGUUUAACCUUCGAAGUGGAAGAAAUGAAAUAAUGCCUUUAUGUGCAAUGAUCGAAGAGCAAAAGGACUAA